AUGAGAUACAUUCGAACAGGCAGUUUCAAGAGACUCUUCUCGAUCAAGCGACGCAGCUUGGAUGAAGAACCUCAGAGACAAAUCGUUUCUGUUGGUGUACACAACGAUGGAACAAUUUCUAAGAACUUUCCAGAAACAGAGCCCCCUCAGAGACCCACUUGGAAGUGCUUCUCCUACGAGGAAAUCUUCGAAGCCACCAACGGUUUCAGCUCAGGUUCUUCGCUUUCUCUGUCAUUUGCCUUAAUUUUCUCACAUGAGUUGAGAACUUUUUUUCCAAAAACCGCUGUUUUCCUUCGUGGUUUUGGAGGAAAUUCGUCUUGUGGCCUAUGA